GGAGGCAGCGGCAGGAGCGCGGGUCGGCGCGGAGCUGCCGCCGCGUCCCCGGCCGGCGCCGCCGUGCAUGGGGAGGGAGCGGGCGGGACGCUGCCUGCGCGCCGCGCUGCACGGCCGCCGCCGCGAACGUGAUUGUGGCAUUGUCUUCAAAUUUUUCACUUCUGCAGUCAGUGACAGAGGGAAAAAAAAGAAGAGUCCAAUCUGGUGCAGGCAACUAUUGAUUUAAAAUCAAUAGAAACGUUGUCUUCUUCUGAGAUACAUUAUGUUCCACCUCUGCCUGUGUGCCUGCUUUGUCUGACUUUCUGUGGAUUCCUGCAGCAAGUGGAUGGCCUGUAACAUGCUUAUUUGAAGGGCUUCAUCACUGUGAAGUUUAGUACAGAGAUUGCUCAAGCGAUAAAAAGGCAGAUGCUCUGAACAGAGCCAAAACAAACUAUGGCUUGUCUUACAAUGACAAAUAUGGAAAGAGCAGCAACUUCUACUGUCCACCAGAAUGGUGACAUCCGUGGGAAUAGCAGUGCACCCAAGCAGACAGAGCCAUUGCUUCAAGUGUACCUUUAUCAUUCUCCUGGGAAGACAGAAGGAGAUUACCUUCAAUUUUCAGCUGGAGAAUAUGUUGCAGAAGAGAUUUGUGCCGUUGCCUGUAAAGCCUGUGGUAUCAUGCCAGUGUAUCAUAACAUGUUUGCACUCAUGAGUGAAACAGACAGAAUGUGGUACCCCCCAAAUCACAUCUUCCACGUAGAUGAAACAACCAGACUCGUCCUAAUUUAUCGGAUAAGGUUUUAUUUUCCCCACUGGUAUUGCAGUGGCAGCAACAGAGCAUACCGGUAUGGCAUUCUUCGCGGCACAGAAAGCCCCGUCCUUGAUGAUCUUGUCAUGUCUUAUCUAUUUGCACAGUGGCGAGCUGAUUUUUUGGAUGGAUGGGUACAGAUGCCUGUUACUCAUGAAACACAAGAAGAAUGCCUUGGAAUGGCUGUUCUAGAUAUGAUGAGAGUGGCCAAAGAAAAGGACCAAACCCCAAUGGCUAUUUACAAUUCAGUCAGCUACAAAAUGUUUUUACCUAAGUGUGUGCGAGCAAAAAUCCAAGACUACCACAUUUUGACACGAAAAAGAAUAAGGUACAGGUUCCGCAAAUUUAUACAACAGUUUGGCCAAUGCAAAGCUACUGCCAGAAACUUGAAACUUAAGUAUCUCAUAAAUCUGGAAACCCUUCAGCCUGCCUUCUAUUCAGAGGUUUUUGAAGUAAAAGAACCUGGUGGAGGUCCUUCUGGAGAGGAAAGUUUUGCAACCGUUGUAAUAACUGGAAAUGGUGGAAUUCAGUGUUCAAGAGGAAAACUUAAAGACUGUGAGACACUUGGAGAGCAGGAUUUACAAACAUACUGUGAUUUUCCUGAUAUCAUUGAUGUCAGCAUUAAACAAGCGAGCCAAGAAGGCUCCAGUGAGAGAAGAAUUGUCAGCAUUCACAAACAAGACAGCAAGAAUCUGGAGGCUGAAUUUCAGUCAUUAAGAGAAGCUCUCUCCUUUGUAUCAUUAAUUGAUGGAUAUUACAGAUUAACAGCGGAUGCCCAUCAUUAUCUCUGUAAAGAAGUAGCACCACCAUCAGUUCUUGAAAAUAUCCAAAGCAAUUGUCAUGGGCCAAUUUUCAUGGACUUUGCUAUCAGUAAACUGAAGAAAGCAGGUAAUCAGACCGGUUUCUAUGUCCUUCGCUGCAGUCCUAAAGAUUUUAAAAAAUACUUCCUUACCUUUGCUAUAGAGCGUGACAGUACUACAGAUUAUAAGCACUGCUUAAUUACGAAGAAUGAGAACGGAGAAUAUAAUCUUAGUGGAACCAAGAGAAGUUUCAGUAAUCUUAAGGAUCUCUUGACCUGUUACCAGACAGAAACUGUCCGUUCAGACAGCAUAAUUUUCCAGUUCGUCAAAUGCUGUCCUCCAAAACCAAAAGAUAAAUCAAAUCUCCUAGUCUUCAGAAGCAACAGCGUUUCUGAUGUACCCUCAUCACCUAUGCUGCAGAGACACAAUAAUGUUAAUCAGAUGGUCUUUCACAAAAUCCGUAAUGAGGACUUGAUAUUCGAGGAGAGUCUUGGACAGGGCACAUUUACUAAGAUUUUCAAAGGUAUAAGGAAAGAAGUGGGAGACUAUGGCCAGCUCCAUCAAACUGAAGUUCUUUUAAAGGUGCUGGAUAAAGUGCACAGAAACUACUCUGAGUCCUUUUUUGAAGCAGCAAGUAUGAUGAGCCAGCUUUCUUACAAACAUCUGGUGUUAAAUUAUGGAGUCUGCGUCUGUGGAGAAGAGAACAUCCUUGUACAAGAAUAUGUAAAAUUUGGAUCCUUGGACACAUAUUUGAAAAAGAACAAAAAUGUUAUCAAUAUUUUGUGGAAGCUGGAAGUAGCCAAACAGUUGGCAUUAGCCAUGCAUUUUCUGGAGGAUAAAGGCCUUGUUCAUGGGAAUGUCUGUGCAAAAAACAUCUUGCUUAUCAGAGAGGAAGACAGGAAGUCUGGAAACCUUCCAUUUAUAAAGCUGAGCGAUCCUGGCAUCAGUAUUACAGUUUUGCCAAGAGAUAUUCUUCUUGAGAGAAUACCGUGGGUUCCUCCUGAAUGUAUUGAGAAUCCCAAACAGCUAAGCCUAGCUACAGACAAGUGGAGUUUUGGUACCACUUUGUGGGAAAUCUGCAGUGGAGGAGACAAACCCCUGAGUGCACUGGAUUCUUCAAGAAAACUACAGUUUUAUGAAGAUAGGCACCAGCUUCCUGCUCCCAACUGGACAGAACUUGCAAACCUUAUAAACAACUGUAUGGAUUAUGAGCCAGAUUUCAGGCCUUCUUUUAGGGCAAUUAUACGUGAUUUGAACAGUUUAUUCACUCCAGAUUACGAGCUAUUGACGGAAAGUGAUAUGUUGCCAAAUAUGAGAAUUGGAGCACUUGGAUUUUCUGGUGCUUUUGAAGAUCGGGACCCAACGCAAUUUGAAGAAAGACAUCUUAAGUUUUUACAGCAACUUGGCAAGGGAAAUUUUGGCAGUGUUGAGAUGUGCCGGUAUGACCCGCUGCAGGAUAAUACUGGGGAGGUGGUUGCUGUGAAAAAGCUGCAACAUAGCACAGAAGAGCACCUUAGGGACUUUGAAAGAGAAAUUGAAAUACUCAAAUCUCUGCAGCAUGAUAACAUCGUUAAAUACAAAGGAGUAUGUUACAGUGCAGGACGUAGGAAUCUAAGAUUAAUUAUGGAAUACUUACCAUAUGGAAGUUUACGAGAUUAUCUGCAGAAACACAAGGAGAGGCUGGACCACAAGAAGCUUUUGCUGUAUGCAUCCCAGAUAUGCAAGGGCAUGGAGUAUCUUGGUACAAAAAGAUAUGUUCACCGCGAUUUAGCAACAAGAAAUAUUUUGGUGGAGAAUGAGAACAGAGUUAAAAUUGGAGAUUUUGGAUUGACAAAAGUCUUGCCACAAGAUAAAGAAUACUACAAAGUGAAAGAACCUGGUGAAAGUCCUAUAUUUUGGUACGCACCAGAAUCUCUGACAGAAAGCAAAUUUUCUGUGGCCUCAGAUGUGUGGAGCUUUGGUGUUGUCUUGUAUGAACUCUUCACCUAUAUUGACAAAAGCAAAAGCCCACCAGCUGAAUUCAUGCGCAUGAUUGGCAAUGAUAAACAAGGGCAGAUGAUUGUAUUUCAUUUGAUAGAGCUUUUGAAGAAUAAUGGACGACUGCCAAGACCAGAUGGAUGCCCUGAUGAGAUUUAUGCUAUCAUGAAAGAAUGCUGGAACAAUAAUGUUGCCCAGCGCCCCACCUUUCGGGAUCUUGGUCAGCGAGUGGAUCAUAUAAGGGAAAACAUGGGUGGAUGAGAAAACUGUCCCUCCUUCAGAGGACAAGUUGGAAUGCAGAACAAAAUGUACUUGGUCAGCUGUGUAUAUUUGACAUAUGUACAUGUGCUCACAUCUUAUCCUUGCUGGAAGUAAAAUCUGUGUGGCAAACACCCCAUCUCAAUCUACAUACUGAGGAAUCCUGCUAGGGCUUUUUUAUCAGGAUCUCUUUGUUACUGUGAGAACAUGCUGAAAUUCUCAAUAGGGAAAGAAAUUGUUUUUCUAAAUUAAAUGAUGUGUGGUCAUUCAGCAACACCAUUAUUUGCCUUACUUGGCAGUACAAAAAAGAGGUGACUUAAAAUGUGAUGAAAUGAAGUGAUAUAAAAACAGUGUAUUUCUGUGUUGAAAUGGAGAUGCCCAGAUAAGACUUCUAGAAAUACUUUUACACUGAGUAUAUCGUGACUUAGCAACCUGUUUUGUGUGUUGCACAAAGACUUUUGCCUGUUAAUACAGUUUCUUAUUUUUUCAUUGUUGAUGCAGAACUGGCUUCUCUGUGUAACAAAAUAGAAGUGAUUUGCUGUGCCUGUCUGAAUCAGUUAUCAGCCAGCAGUAUAUCCAAAGAGAUGUGAUAGACUGUGUGAUGUACUGUAAGUAUUUUGAGAGAAAGGGAGCAAAUUGUGCUUUAUUGGGAGAGUAAAUUUAUUAAUCCAUGAAAAAAUUUUAAUUUAAAAAUGGAAAAGCAAAGAUGUUGUCCUUUUUUUCUUACUCUUCCCUUGUUGAUAUUAGAUUGCCUUUAUAGAAUUGGAGAUACUGUGAUAACACAUAGAAGUUAAUUCAUUUUACACAAGGCAGUGUCUUCAGUUUAAAUAGGGAAAAAAUAUACUCCUUUUACAUGCUGCUCUGUUUUUUUUUCCAUCUCUGUAGGUUUCAUGCAGUCAUAAGUGUAUCUAUGAACUGGAACUUUCAAAGCAGGAUUAAAAAAUCUAGAAAAUUCCCUCACUUUCACAAUUCCUCACUUUGCUAUUAAGAUGAGCAUCUUAAUAUCAAGCCUGUUCUGUAUUGAAGUGGCCCAAGUGUGUUUCUUUUUGUGGUAAUACCCAACAUGAGACUAUUUGGAGGGAGGAGUUACAAGUGCAAUUGCUCUGCACUCAGCAGAGGGCAAGGAUGUGAUUCCAGUUACUGAGAACUGGAAGGAGAUCAGAGCUACCUGAAUGCUGUAUAAUUCAGCUUUUGAAAUAAGCAACAAAAAUUUUUGGACAAGAGAAUGCUUCGGUUCUGCCUUGAGGCAUAAAACUUGGGGAUAAUCUCAUAUCUCAAAGCAGUAUAAUUGCAGGGUUUGUUUCUUUUUAGUUCAAAUAAUCUUGUUUGUUUGUUUGUUUUUACUUAAGCAUUAUUGUUUGCAAAGUAAAAUGCUUGUUCUUCUUGGACUUCUACUGAGAGAAGUUCAGUUAAGGGGAUAUACAGCUUGGCAAACUGACCUGACAUCCAGAUUUAUAUUUAAAAUGAAGUGUUAAUUUUAAAAAUUUGUGGCAGUGAGUUAGUGAAACAGAAGUUACUUUCACUGGGGAGCCUCCUUAAUGUUUGUGGUUAGCUACAUCCAUCUUAUCAGAAGUUGAAGAACCUCAACUUUAGAAAAAAACCUAAAAAAAAUCCUUACUUAGUGUAACAUAGUGCCAGUAUAGCAGUAUUUUGUACCACUAUGAUGUUUCUCUCCCACAAUCACUCCUACAAAAUUGCUAUUUUAUAGUACAAGAGAGUGCUAAAUAGGGAGAGCAGCAUCAGCCUUCUCUCUCUGCCCAUUGCAUUUAAAACUAUUUGUGUUAGUGUUCUUGCCACCAAGCAUUUGCAUAAGUGAUUUCUCAAACUAAUUUCACAGUCAGUUUUUAAGCUGCAAAGAACUUUGAAGUGCUUUGUUCAACUUUGUUUUCUCAAUUUCUAUACAUUGCUUUGAGGAUUUGAGGUUUUGUGUAAAACAUGUCUUUGCAAUUGUAGUCUCAGUUAUGUGUAUGUUUUUUUUGUAAUAAAGGAGAUAAAGCUUUCAAGCAUCAAGACAGCAUUUUAGCUGGAUAACAUAUGCAGGAAUUAUGUAAAAUUUGCAGUGUAUAACACUCAGUAGCUCACUGGUUUCAAAUACGUAGUAGACUGAACAUAAUUUAUGUAAAAAUCUCAGGGAAGUUUGUGUAAUGCAAUGAAGAAAUCUUCCAGUCUGUUAAUUUUUGAAGUGAAUUAAAGGUCUUUUUCUUGUUCUACUACAGUAUGACUAAUUACAUACUCUAUUUGAUUGCAUAAAUGUAGUGGUGAACUCAAGGAUAAGUGUCUUGUGGAGUUGUUGUUUUUUUUUUUGUUUUUUUUUUUUUUUUACUUUAUACUAUAUAAUUUUUAGAGAAAGCCAUAUCUUUGCACUGCAGUGUAAUUGUAUCAGAGACAGUCUUUUUUAACUACCAGAGGCCUGUGUGGAGGCUCGAUUGUUUGGGUUGAAUGUUUUUAGCUGGGAGAAUAGGACCAAGUAGUGCUUAGGACUUGGGGGAUGUAUAGUCAUCUGCAGUGUCAAUAUUUAGGUCCCAGAGCAGACCUGGUGGCUUUCUCAAAAAGCUGUUGAGAAUGUAAAUGUAGUGAUUUUGCUGAAUUUGCUACUGCCAAUUGUGUAACCUUAAAAAAAGAGACACAAAACAACAACACCAAAAAACACCCAAGAACACUGUAUUUUGUAUUUUGAAAGCUCUCAGAUCUACAGCAUUGAUAAUGUCAUAUUUUUACAUAGCUUUUGUAUGAAUAGACUAAGUACUUUGUUUAGAAACUCUUUUCAGUUGGCAUUGCAUUUGUCAUACUUUAGUGUAAUCAUUAUGCUACCCAAAAUGCUGUUUGAUUUUGUUGGUAGAAAAAGUGCUGGUUUAUGUAUACAUGACUGCUACUACAGUAUAGAAUUAAAAUAUUAACUAUUGCUUUGCACUUAUAUUUGAAGUGAAAGAAUUUUUUAAUAAGUGCACAAUGUAUCUUUUAGAAUCUCUGCAAUCAAGUAUUGUGUUGUGUAGUAUUGGUUUCUUGUCUGUCAGUAUAAAUAUGUUAAGUUUCAAAGUUAGUUUUUAAAUAUAUUCCACACAGUAUUCCACAAACUUGCAUCAGUCAUGUAGUAAGCCAGAGGAGAAAUUAAUUUUCAGGAAAAGAAACCCGUGUUCUUGUCAAGUCCUAGUACUGGUUAAAAGCUUCCUCAGUUGAGAUAGUUGUUUUUAAAUGUGCUCAUGAAUACAACUGUGAAAAUAUAUGUAAGAAUUAUAUUUUUCCCCCAAAAUUAAAUUUUUAAUUGUUGCAUUUAGUUGAGAUGUUGACCAGCUGCCUUGAAAUGUAUGAAGAAAUGUAACUCUUGUGUAAAGAAAGCAAGCUUUUCAGGAAUGUAGGAUUACCAACACCUUGAGGUUAGAAUUCUGAGAGCAAAAAUAGAGGUGUAGAAGAAAAAGACUAAAGGAAGAAGGAUGACAUUCAGCAUGGGAGAAGCUUUCUGAAAUGUGAAAUGCACAAUGAAUUAUGAAAAACUGAUGUCUACUGACAAUGCCAUACCAUGACAAAUAUGUGCUAAUAUAUUUCUAAACUGUGUAUUAUCUGCCUUAAGUCUGAAAUAUUCACAGACACCAAACCUGGCUGAUAAAAUUUCAAUAAUUACUAUACCAAAAUAAACUAUUAAAUGUUGUGCCAUGCCAGACAACAAUUCUGAAAAGGUGUUUGAUUUAGAAUUUUUGUUCUGAAUUUUUCUUUUUUGAAUAAGAGGUUUACAGUACUUUAUAUUAAAGUAGAAAAAGUCCCUUGGUGGUAGGGGGCAGGGAGGAAAGGAUACCUGCUACUUAUGAUUGAAAUGUAAACAUUUGAACACAUGGUUUAUUGAAGAGAACAUGAAAGGGAUAUUUUUAGAAAACUCUGUAUCCAUACCUGAAACUUAACUGUGUGUUUCUUUUGCAUUUGCAUAGUGAAAAUAAAAUAACUGAAUACAAUGAAUGA